UAUGUAUAAAACAAGUUAUUUGCGUGAGGUUCGCAAAGAAAAAUAUGAAAGAUCUGAUGGCUUUGAUGAGCAAAGUCUAGUAGAUUUUAGCAACUUAGGUCUGUCACAGGUACAAGGCCUUGAAAACUUGCAGGAAUUAAAUGAAAGAUUUGCUAAUUACAUUAAUCGAGCAAGAGUGUUGGAACAAAGAAAUGCCAUCUUUAGGAAGCAGUUGGAGACAUUCCAAAGAAUGGAUGAAAUAUCUGGCCUGGAAGAAGCUUUUUCAGAACAAAUUGAGCUAAAUCGACAGAGAAUCCGUGAGCUCUCAUCUGACCGAUCCAAACUAGAAAGGGAAUACAAGGAUGCCCAAAGAAUGCUUGACGGAUAUAAAAACAAGUACAGAAAUGAAUGUGAGUAUCAGCAACUUCUCAAAGAUAAUCUUCAAAAUCUUAAUAAGGAGGCUGAUGAAGCUUUAUUAAGUAAUCUUGAACUUCAAAUUGAAUCACAGUUCCUGCAAGAUGACAUUAAUGCGGCAAAGGACAGGUACAAAAAGAAUCUCAUGGAAAUUCAGACCUAUGUCAACAUAUUACAGCAGAUUAUACAAACAACACCUCCCAUGACUGCCAUAACCGCUGGCAUGUAUGAGGAAAAGCUGAUAUCUGAGAGAAGAAUUCCAAUACUGCAGAGCCAACUGGAGGAAUAUAAAAGUCUGCUUUGUCAGCUGCAGGCUCAGAAGUUUAAACUACAGUCUGAGACUUCCAUGCUUGAGCAAGCAAUUAAGAAUACGCAAGAGAGCUAUGACGAUGAGAUACAGCUUUACAAUGAACAAAUUGAAAUACUAAGAAAGGGGAUAGAAGAGGCUGAAAAAGCACUGGAGAAAUAUACAAAUGAUUGUCGUCAACUGGUAAUAUAUCAGCAAUCCUUGGAGAAUGAGUUGGAAAGAUAUAAGCGCAUAAUCGAGAACGAAGAUAACAGAUUAAACUCAGCAAUAGUUGGAACCCCUAUUACACUCUUUAUGCAAAGCUACAAAUCCUCUCAAACAUCGCCAACAAGAGGAAAAGAUAUUACAAUGGCAAUACAAGAUAUAGCAACAGCAAAACCAAGGCAAAGAGGAUUCUCAAAGAAAACAUCAAGGAGAAAAGAGUUAACAUCUUUUGACAAAACAGAUAUUACAAGUGAAGUAAAAUCUGUUGAGAUAGGUCAAGAGGGUUCUGAUGUGAGGCAUGUUGAGCUUACAUUUGAUAGUUCACUACAGGGUGAUGCUGAAAAAGAUGUAGCCUUUCAUGAGCAAGACUUGUCCCCAGAAGAUGUACCAGAUGGAGCACAAAUAAGUAAAGCAUUUGAUAAACUAUGCAAUAUUGUAAGAGGAAGAAUAAGAGGCUACAAGAAACCAGAGCCUUCUCCAGAAUUCUUUACCAAAGGUCGCUAUGUACUUGUGACAGGAGAAUCAAGUUAUAUGGAUCCUUAUUUCUAUUCAUCAACCCCUCAAGCAGCCGGCAGAGUCAAUGUUAGCAUUAUUUAUGAUGUAACUCCUGAAGAUGACAUUGUUCUUCCUAUUCCAGAGUUGCCAGAACCUUCUGAGUCUUCAGAAAGUGAAAGUGAUGAAAAUAGUUCAGAAGAUCCAAAAAUUGGUGAACCAGAAGAUGACAGCAUACCAAAGGGAGAUACGGGGGGAAAAAAGGAUACAAAUGGUGGAAAAUCAGAGGACAAAGAAGAGGAAGAAGAAGCAAAAAAACCACCAGAUGUCAUAAAACCUGAUCAUACACCUGAAAAGCAACCAAGAAAUUCAUCAUCCUCAGACUCGGUAAAUCGAAAAAGAAGCAGCACUGGUAGAAAUAAUGAUAAAGAAGAUAGUGGUUUAAUGUCAUUCAGGGGAAGCGAUUUGCCCAGUUCUAUGAGCUAUGAAAAAGUUGAAGUGGUAGAAUCAAUUGAAAAGAUUUCAGACAAUAGAACGAAGAGUUAUGAAGAAACAGCUAUGAUUGUGGAAACCAUGAUUGAGAAAACAAGAAAAAAGUAAAAUGAAAAAUAGUAUUAGAGUUUGGCAAAUUAGUUUUAAAUGAUUAUACCUGUUCCACUUAAUACAUUGGCAAAUUAAAGGGACACUGAACCCAAUUUUUUUUGUGAUUCAGAUAGAGCAUGCAAUUUUAAGCAACUUUCUACUUUAUUCCUAUUAUCAAUUUGUCUUUGUUCUCUUGCUAUCUGUAUUUGAAAAAGAAGGCAUCUAAGCUUUUUUUGGUUCAGUACUCUGGACAGCACUUUUUUAUUGAUGGAUGAAUUCAUCCACCAAUCAGCAAGAACAACCCAGGUUGUUCACCAAAAACGGGCCGGCAUCUAAACUUACAAUCUUGCAUUUCAAAUAAAGAUACCAAGAGAAUGAAGAAAA